AACAGGAAAAGUGAUGCAAGGAAGUGGACUGCGUCACCAGCCAGCCCACCACAGUCUCUGCUAAAAGUAAAAUCCAGACCCAGCGCAAGUAUGGAGUCUUUGCUCAAGUCACCAAUGAAACUUGUACUUUUGACAGCAUGGCUCUCCAGUCUGAUGGACCCAUGCAGCCUCUCUGACAUUUGUAGUAGUUGUAACAAACUUGCGACAUGCAAGUCCAUCAAUGGAUCAAAAGAGGCCUGCUACUGUAACCAAGGAUAUACUGGAGAUGGAACAACAUUUUGCAAUGACGACGACGAGUGCCAGAAUGCGACUGAUAUCUGCGGGGGCAAAGCAAAGUGCACCAACACGCCGGGCAGCUACUACUGUACGUGUUUGCCUGGAUACACAUCGACAGGACUGGCCAAGUUCCAGACAAACGAUGGCACUGAGUGCAUCGACACUGAUGAAUGCAAGGAAGGACAGGCCUGUGGACCAAACUCCCACUGCCAUAAUACGAAUGGAUCUUUCUAUUGCACCUGUCAGCGUGAUUACAUCCCAACUUUGGGCACUAAGCAUUUUAAUCCAGAGAGAGGUGUAAAAUGUAAAGAGCAUCCUCAAAAAUACUGCCAUGACAACAUUGGGUGCAUCACGCGGACUGUCAACAAAACACUUGAAUAUAUGAGCAACCUCACAGAGCCCGAGAGCCUGCUGAAGGAAAUUGCUGACCAGACAUCCGGUGAUCUCACGUCAGUGGAAGUGAUUGCAUAUGUUGAGGCCUUGCGUCAAUCUGCAUCAACGCUUUCUGCCGGAGAAAAUGAUUACAUUGUCAAACCAUCCGUCAUCAACUCAACUCUCUCAAAAUUAGUAAAAGUGGUAAACAACUUGGUGGAGAAGGAUGAACUGGUGGCUUGGAGCAGAAUCAAAGAAGAGCGCAGGGAAAAUACCAUCACCAAGCUGCUCCACACUGUCGAGGAAAGUGCUCUGACGUUGGCCAACAACUACAAAACUCCAACCGAGCUCGAAAUCAAAGCUACACAAAUGGAAUUGAAACUCUUCACCUUUGAUGCCCGUGACACAAAAAACAAAUUGUCUGCUUCCAUGGGAGGAGAUCAUAUUAAUCUAACUCCGAAGCUGAGACCAGGGGAGAGCAGAAAUGGAACUGUGUCAGUGGUGUUUGUGCACUAUGACAGCAUCGGUGACAUCCUGAAGCCGAGCAGCGACCCAGGUGUCACUGACUACUCGCGGUAUGCAGGAACAGGGGAAAUCACUGUCAACUCCCAAGUCAUAGCAGCGGCCAUCAAACCUGCUGACGUCUACCAACUUGACCAUGUCACCUUCACUCUGAGACACAACGAGCCCAUAGACACUAAAGCUGAUGUGAUGAAGUGCGCCUUCUGGGAGUAUGAGCCGGACAGCCUGCAGGGCCACUGGGCCACUCACGGCUGCAAGACCGUCCACGUCAACAGCAAUGCAACCAGCUGCUCCUGCAAUCACCUCACACAUUUUGCCAUCCUCAUGUCCUCUGGGCGAGCCAAUCUGGUGGCCCACUAUACCAUCCUGACCCGGAUCACCCAGCUGGGGAUGAUCAUCUCCCUCAUCUGUCUGUCCAUGUGCAUCUUUACCUUCUGGUUCUUCAGCGAGAUCCAGAGCACCAGGACCACUAUCCACAAGAACCUGUGCUGCAGUCUCUUCAUGGCCGAGUUCAUCUUUCUGGUGGGGAUCAACAUGAACACACAUAAGCUUUUCUGCUCUGUUAUUGCAGGGCUGCUGCAUUAUUUCUUCCUCGCGGCCUUUGCCUGGAUGUGCAUCGAGGGCAUCCAUCUGUACUUAAUAGUGGUUGGCGUCAUCUACAACAAAGGCUUCCUGCACCGUAACUUUUACAUCUUCGGCUAUGGAAGCCCAGCAGUGGUGGUGGCCAUCUCUGCGACACUCGGCUCUCAGUAUUACGGCACUGAUAAAGUGUGUUGGCUGAGCACAGAAAACAACUUCAUAUGGAGUUUCAUCGGGCCUGCAUGUUUGAUCAUUCUGGUUAAUCUCUUGGCUUUCGGAGUAAUCAUCUACAAAGUGUACCGGCAUACUGCUGUGAAAAAACCUGAAAUCAGCCACUAUGAAAACAUCAGGUCCUGUGCCCGCGGUGCCUUGGCGCUGCUGUUCGUGCUGGGUGCCACCUGGACUUUUGGAGUGCUGCACAUUCUCAAUGAGACCACCCUCACUGCCUAUCUGUUCACCAUCACCAAUGCCUUCCAGGGGAUGUUCAUCUUCAUAUUCCUCUGCGUGUUGUCCAGAAAGAUUCAGGAGGAGUACUACAGGCUUUUCAAAAAUGUGCCAUGUUGUUUUGAAUGCCUGAGAUGAAUUAAUGCAACAAAAGCUUGAUCAUCUGCACUCGUACAAUAAUAGUCAACACUACAGCUUUGCAAUAUUCUGUGACUCAUGCUCUCAUUUUUUGGAAAAAUGCAGUGGGAGGAAUUGUUUAGUACAGAUGUCUAAUAAAUAUGAACACAUAGCAGCAGCAGUCAUUUCUAAAUCUCUUGUUUCCUCUUUCAAAGACUCACCAUCUACACAUGAUGUUAGUUUAUUUUAUGUUCAGGAUCAUAUUUGUACAAUGCACACAUACAGAUCAUUGUCAGAUAUUUUAUUGAAGACAAUCUUCUGAUAAUAAUACUGGAAUCAAAAUAUUUUGUAUAUUUUCAGUUUAAUUUAAUGCUUUUACAGUUAUGAGCUUUAUACUGCUGCCCAUUGUCUUUGAGCCUUUCUCGUGUUUGAAAUUGAUUUGUAAAUUAUUAAAUUGAAUGUGGCAAACCAACACAUAUUUGUGCUGCUCACUUCUAUUAUGUGUAAAAAUCUGUGGUCUUUUAAUGCAUUCUUUAACACCACAUUCAGUACAGUCUACUAAAUAUGAAUUUUAAGGACACGUUCUCUCAUAUAGUACAUGUCAGUCAGUAGGAAGGACAAUGGCGCCAUCUAUUGGAUAUAAUAAAGAAUACACUUUAUAUUGUGAGCACAAAACUGAGACACAAACUGAUGUCUGGCAACAUUUUCUGUAGUGCAUUUUACAACAUUUGCCUGCAAAGUGAGAUACAUUUGUCUCAAUGUGUAUAUUUCCAGUUGAUACGAUGUGUGACAGAUGUUUAAACUGGGCUUUGUGCAUAAUGUUAGCUAUACAUAUGGUAAGUAAGUUAUAUCUGUGUCUUUAACUUCUUUUUUUUUUUUAAACACAACAAUCUUCAACAUUUAUAGAUUUUGGCUUGCAAGGCAUCGCUUUAUGAUGAUUUCAAGAUUUAUGUGUGGGAGCAACUGUCUAAGGUUGGAUCAUAAUACCAAUGCAUCAUUUUACUGACCCUGCAGAACAAGAUGUUCAGCCCUAAAUCUAGUCCCAAAGUCCAGAAUCUUUAAACUGGUCACACUGCACUGUAUAAGUCAAGAAACAAUUCCUAAUGUCUGUAGUUGUGUUUCUUUAAUGAGGUGAAAAGACACAGGACAUUUGAACCCUACAAUAUUGGUAUUGUUAAACUUGCAAGAAAGCGAUGUCAGCUGUCUACAGUAGCAGUGUUCAGACUGAUGAUGGACAUGUCUUGUGACCAUUUCGAUUCUGAUGGUCUAAAAACAUUUAAUUCUAUGUUUUCUUGUGCACUAAUUUUACAAAUGUCUGUGUAUAGAGAGGCAUGUUAUCUAGACUAAAUCCUGGACAAUAAUUUGUAGGACAUGGUAACAUUUAGUAGAUUCCCUGCAGGUAUUAGUGGCUUACAUCUCUCUGGAAACUUGAGAAAAAGCCCUGAAUGUUGUUUUUUAAACUGUUGAAGACAUAUACAAUAUGUUUUCUCUUUGAGAAAGAUUAAGUCUUUGUUUUGAAAUGAUUUUCACCUUCUUUGAAUCUCUCAACUUAAACCGUACCAGGUUUAUAACUGAAACUUACUGUCACUCAAAAUGUAAUUCUGUAAAAAGCCCUGUAUAUGUGUUUGUAAACCUAGACUUAUUGUAGUAGUGUUUGGCAGGUCUUUUAUUGAUUUAUUUUGUCUCAGUACUAUGAAAAGUGGAUAAGACUCCAGAAUUUACUUUAAGAACUACAUUUGGCUGAUAAAGGUGUUUCUAAUACUCACUGCAUUCUUCCACUUAAGAAUAAUCAUGUAUGAAGGACUAAACCCAAAUAAACACUGUCUCGCAUUGUUCAAAA